AUGAAGGUGAUUCAAAAGAAAAACAACGCAGCCAAAAGGGUCAAAGAUGAUAGACAAAAAGAGGUGAAGGGAGUGCAGAAAAAGAAGAACCACCACGAUUGGUCUAGUUCCUCAGAUAUAUCCCAGGAAGACAAUGUUGAAGCAGAGAAGAGAAGGAGUUUCCGUUGCGAAAGUUGCUCAAGAUCAUUCAUCCGAUUCUUCGAACUUACGAAGCAUAAGAAGAGACAUCAUGGAGUGGAGAUUUAUGGAAGUCCAGAGAAAACAACUACAAAAACGUUUGGUUUUGAUCAGCAGGACAAAGGAUCAUCGCAACUGAGAACGCAGUCUGAGGAUUUUCAAUGCAGCAUCUGCUCAAAGACGUUCACGAAAAAAUGGGGCCUGAGGUUGCACGAAAAGAUUCAUGGAGAGAAGAUCUUCAAAUGUGCAAUCUGUCAAAAGACAUUUCCUGCAAAGAAUUAUCUUGCCAUCCAUUUAAAAUCACAUUCAAAGAAAAAUCUUGAAUGCCAAGAAUGUGGCAAGACUUUUCAAACGAAUUAUGGUCUUAAACGACAUGCAAAAAUACACAGUGAGGAAAAGCCUCAUAUCUGCAGCAUCUGUGGAAAAGAGUUUAAAAUCAAAUUUUAUCUGAAGCGACAUUUGAAACUGCAUGAAACGCAUCGUAAGAGUUUUGAAUGCGCCCUGUGUGGUCAAAAGUUUCUGUGGAAGAUAUCCAUAAGACGCCACCUAGCUAUGCACAUAACUGAAGGAAAGAAGUUUUUCAUUCAUGGGAAAUUUUUCAAAAACAAGGCUGACAUGCAAAGAUAUCUACGAGGGUAUUCUCUUACGAGGAAUUUCCAGUGCGAUCGAUGUCCAAAGACUUACAUACAUAAGCGAAACUUUCGAAGACAUAAGUUGCUCAUUCAUGAAAAAAAGGCUUUUACCUGCGGCGUUUGUGGGAAAAAAUUGACCAGGAAGUACAUACUCAAUAAGCACAUGCAGCUGCACGAUAAAAACCGAAAGAUUUAACCAAGUUUAGUUUCAGAAUAAGCCAACUAGAAAUCAUUUACUGAAGAAACAUCCUAUAAAUU